AUGCGCCUUACCUCGUUGACCUGCGCGGCAUUGGCCUUCUUCACGUUCAAUGCUGUUGCUCAGAGCAGCGCUGGAGACAACACCACACAACCUGUUUCUUUCUUCUACACUCGCCCUCUGUCUCAAGCACCUGCUCUGAACAUCACCCUCCAAGCAGACUUUUCUCCCGGCUAUGUCUUCAUGUCACCCUACAAGUCCGACAAACCUGCUCCCUACAUCUACGACAAAUUCGGAAACCUUGUCUGGGAUGGCUAUGGAGUAACUGGAUCUUCGAAUGCGCAUAACUUCCGACCUUGCCAGUACAAGGGUGCUGCUCACCUUUGCUUCAAUCAGGUCAACCAGCAGAAUGGAUAUGGAAUUGGACAGGGUGUGAUUGUGGACCAGAACUACAAGGUUGUGGCUACGGUGCAGACGGGAGGCAAUGCCGAACCUGUGGAUAUGCAUGAGUUCCAGUUGCUCAACGAUGGCGAGACGGCAAUCGUCAGUGCUUACCAGAUUGUGCCUUUCGACCUGUCUUACUUCAACAUCACGACUGGUCUGGGAUGGCUGUCCGAAGGUGUCUUUCAGGAAGUUAACGUGACUACUGGAGCAGUUCUGUUCGAAUGGUUCUCCACCAACCAUGUUGACCCUAGCGAGAGCCAAAUCACCCCCAACAGCACUGAUACAGGCGGUGAUGGAUUUGGUCCUCUGACUGCAUUCGAUUAUUUCCACAUCAACGCUGUCGACAAGUCUGCGACUACAGGAAACUAUCUUGUCUCUGCUAGACACACCGGCACAUUAUACUACGUCAACGCCACGGAUCAAGACAUCAUCUGGAAGCUCAGCUAUCUAGGAAACUCGGACUUCUCAUGCUCAAACUUCAACUUUAGCUUCCAACACGACGCACGUCUGCUUUCUGAAAACGACACCACUACUGUGUUGUCCAUCUUUGAUAAUGCAUCUAAUGGCUACACGACCACAACUUCUCAAUCUUCGGGCAAGGUCAUCGCUAUCGAUCAUAAUUCUGGCGUUGCAACUAUGAUCUCCAACACCACAUACCCAUCGACCGAGGGCUUGUUGGCUACCUCCCAAGGCAACACACAUAUUCUUGGUAACGGAGGCACUUUCCACUCUUGGGGUAACCAACCUUAUCUCUCCGAGCACUCUGCCAACGGCACCGCUGUAUUCACCGCUCAAUUUGCAGCCGAGGGCUCAGCACAAAACUAUCGUGCUUUCUCAGCCGACUGGGAUGCUUUGCCAGCCACCACCGUUCCUGAUGUUUACGCAUAUGCUGUCAAUGCCACGACUCCCACUAGGAUUUACGUAUCCUGGAAUGGAUGCACUGCUGUUUCCUCAUGGCAGUUCUACGGCGCUGGUUCUGUCGGAGAAGAGUUUGCAGUUAUUGGACAAGCAGACAAGCAAGGCUUUGAGACUCUCUGGGUCGCUGAUAGAUUUUACCAAUGGGUGAGGGUUGAAGCUCUUGACGCGGAGGACAAUGGGAUCAGAAACUCGAGUUUUACGGGUGCUUUUGUGCCGUCGGCUAUGUUGGUGGAUUCUUGUGAUGAGAGUGGGUGUGGUGUUGCUACUUCUUACUCCUCUUAG